UACUUUUUGGUGUGCUAGAUUAGUCAAAGUAUACUCCCCUAAGCUCACGUUUAUAAAUAGACUUACAGUUUAUUUCUUUCUCCAAAGAAACAGGUUAAGCUCAUUAGUCAUUAAAGCUCUCUCACAAAAUCCGCCUGUUAUUGCUUCCUCUAAAACAUGAAGCAAAAAAUAGUGAUCAAGGUGCGGAAUGACUGUGACAAAUGCACAAGAAAGGCCAUGAAGAUUGCCUGCAAAGCAAAUGGUGUGAACUCAGUGGCAAUAGAAGGAUCUGAUAGAGAUCAGUUGGUGGUGAUUGGUGAAGGUGUUGACUCUGCUAACUUGACCUGCUCGUUAAGGAAGAAGCUUUGCUAUGCCGCUUUAUGGAGCGUGGAAGAAGUGAAGGCAAAACCAAAACCAAAACCAGAAGAGAAACCAGUUCAGAAGCCAAACAAACACCCAUCUUCAACAUGUUCUUGUGGCUGUCCUCAGUUACCCAUGUGCCCUCAAUAUCCACCAUAUCCCAUGUUAUAUGAAGCGAAAGUCUAUGAUUAUACUCCGAAUCAAAGUUACUGCCCCAUCAUGUGAUAUCCAACGUUUUCUAAAAUAAGAAGUUUUGGACAAAACAAUUAAUUUUCACAUGUUCUAUUAGGGCAUGAUAUGAUUAAUGCAUAAUAAAAAUAGUAUUAAUAAUGGUGAAUUCAGACCAGUGGUAUUGUUCUAAUUACAUGCCAAUUUGGCAGUUUUGAAAAAUGUUAUGUUCCUAACAUUAUUGUUAGGUUGAGAUGUGUUAAAUUAUGGAUGUUUCUCGCUAGGUUGAUCUUUUGAGCAAUUGCUAGAACAAUAAAGAAGCAACUGGUAUAUUCUUGUUAAACAUAUAUAUAUAUAUAUAUAUAUAUAUGACAUGGAUCAAGGGAGGUUUUAUGGUGCUUUUUUAAUUUCUAAAGGAAUAUAAUGUAUCUGUGCAUCAGUACAUGGCAUGCUGGUCUUCACAAGCAAGAUUGGCAAUGGCAACAGGACUAACAAUUGGGUACUGGAUGCUCUGAUAAGUGACAUCAAUGUUUCUAAUAAUGCAGCAUUAUGCAUACGUGGCUGUCUCAUCCUUUAUGAACAAAUGGUCUCCCAAACUCUCGGCUCUCAUGCUGGUUCCCUUGUUUGCUUUUGUUGCUAUGGCUGCUGUAAUAUUAGUACUUUUGUACCUUCUUUUUUUCUUUUUCUUUUUUCAGUUUCCUUGUACUUUGUGAUUGAAGUAUCAAAAACAAAAUGAUUGAUA